GGGAGGCCUGGCGUGCUGCGAUUCAUGGGGUCGCAAAGAGUCGGACACGACUGAGCGACUGAACUGAACUGAUGAAAGUACAGAAAGAUAAAAUAGAAAAAAUGUUUUUAUUAUCCUGAGCAAAAAGACCUUUCUUAGUAUAACCUAUAAGAAAGCCUCUGAUUUUACCCCUGUCAAAACUUAAAACAGAAUUUAGCACUUUGAGUGAUAGUCGCUCGGUCAUGUCUGAUUCUUUGCAACUCCAUGGACUGUAGCCUGCCAGGCUCCUCUGUCCAUGGAAUUAUUCAGCAAGAAUACUGAGUGGCUUGCCAUUUCCUUCUCUAGGAUUUAGUACUUUAUCACACACCCAAAGGAAAAUCCACUCCACAAAACAAUAAUGAACAAUGUAGACAUUAUUGAAUUGUUUGAAGAGAAAUAGAGAGACAGUAAAUUAUUUUAGACAUUAUUGUUCCUCCCUCUCAUUGUGAGCACCUCCCUUUUUCUUCCCUCUCCUAAUCUCUGGAGCAAACACAAUCCUUUUCCACAUUUAAUCUUGACUCAUAGGCCUUGGAGGUCUAGCCUCUGUGCAGGCAUUCCAAAUAUUUAUCUAAUAAAAGUUGAAGAGCUUUUUUGAGAAUCUAAAGCUAAUAUUGGAAUAAGGAAGAAACUGAAGUUUUUAUUAUAAAGAAAUGUGGGCAUAAUUUAAGUUUGCAAUUUGCUAAAUAUUCACAAACUCAACAGGGGAGUCUCUAAGAGACAAAAUAGUACCAACACCCAGAAAACCCCAUAUUACUUUCCAAGUCACUAUUCACCCUCCCAAAGAGACAUUGGAAAAGCCUCUUAAGCAAAACUCAAAGCCAGUUUCACAUUUCUCUAUCAAACCAUGACAAAGGAAUUGGGGACUUCUCUGAAAGUCCAGUGGUUAAGAAUCUGCCUGCAAGUGCAGGGGCACAGGCUCUAUCUCUGCUCCAGGAAGAUCCCACAUGCCACAGAGCAACUAAGCCUCCUCACCACAACUACUGAUUCUGUUCUCUAGAGCCACAACUACUGAGCCCACGAACUUUAACUAUUGAAGCCCAAGCACCCUAGAACCUGUGCUCCUCAACAAGAGAAGUCACCAAAAUAAGACCGAGCAGCACAACUAAAGAGUAGCCCCUGCUCAAUGCAACUAGAGAGAGCCUACACAGAGCCAUAAGUAAAUAAACAAAAUAUUGGUAAAAGUAACUUUACACCUUAAGGAGCUAGAAAAAGGAGCAAAUUAAAACAAUAGCUAGCAGUAGGAAAGGAAUAAUAAGGAAUAAAACGGAGACUAAUACAAUACAGAAUGGAAAAACAAUAGAGAAAAAUCAAUAAAACCAAGAGCUUGUUUUCUAAAAGAAAAAAAACUAACAAUUCACAAAUAUUUAGCUAAAGUAAGAUACGAAGCAAGAAAAAUCAAAGUAUUAAAAUCAGAAAAUGAAUCAUUACAGAACAAAGCUCGUGUGCCCAACUCACAGUGAGGUCUAAUAAACUGAAACACUGGAGCCUGGAACAGAGAAAGGUUUAUUGAAGUAGGACAUUUUUACAGAUUUUACAGAAACAGAAAGGAUUAUAAGAGAAUACGAUGGCUUUUCAUGAAGAUGGCACCUAAAGCAGGGAAGGAAGUCCCUGCCCCUACCCAAACUGAAGCCAAAGCAAAGCGUUUGAAGACCAAGAAAGCAGUGCUGAAAAGGAUCCACAGUCACAGAAAAAAGAUCCGAAAGUCACCCACCUUCCAACAACCCAAAACACUGUGGCUCAGAAGGCAGUCCAAAUAUGCUCAGAAGAGUACCCCUAGGAGAAACAAGCUUGACUACUAUGUCACCAUCAAAUUCCCCCUCACCACCGAGUCAGCCAGGAAUGAAAUAGAAGACAACAUACUGGUAUCCUCUGUGGAUGUCAAGGCUGACAAGCCCCAGAUCAGACCGGCUGUGAAGAAGUUCUAUGACACUAACACGGCAGCCAAGGUAAACACCCUGAUUGGGCCUGAUGGGGAAAAGUAGACAUCUGAUCAACUGGCUCCUGACUAUGAUACUUUGGCUAUUGCCAACACAGUUGGGCGGAGAAGGCAAUGGCACCCCACUCCAGUACUCUUGCCUGGAAAAUCCCAUGGACAGAGGAGCCUGGUAGGCUGCAGUCCAUGGGGUCUCGAAGAGUCAGACACGACUG